AAAUUUUAAAAUUUUAACUGAAUGCUCUUUCAUAAAAAAAUAAAGAUAAAAAAUGCAGUGGCAAUGUUUAGAAAGGCUGAAUUGUGUACCGAGGUGUUUUACCUUGAAAAGGCAAAGGAAAAGCCUCAAAGAAAAUCAGCAAACAAUUUUUAUAAAAUUGUAAAAAACACUAAUAUGCCCCUCAUAAACCAAGAACCAUAAGCCGUCUUGAAAAUUUUUAUUAGCACGAUUUAACAAAAUCAUAAGUCUAACUUGUUAUCAAACAUAAGAUACAUAAAAAUUCAUCAAAUAAUAGAUCAUCAAAUUAGUAAUUGCAUGACAAAUUUGAUAAUCAUUUCUAGAACCAGAAGUAGCCUAAAAGUCUUCCUUAAAAUCAUCACUAUAUUUGAUUCCUCUGUAAACCUUCUCGUUAUUAUCUCUUUUCUUACUCUUCUACUUCCUCAUCAUCUACUUGCAAUGGUAACAAAUGCAGAGACAACAAGAAGAAAAUUGUAAACGAAAUAAAACUUUGAAGUUUCAAAUUGUAUAUUUCUUGUCACUGGUGGCCUGCAGCUGAAAGCUGCAACUAAAUCGGGACGAGGUUUAUUGCACUUCAAUUGUAGGAGACUUGACACGCUUGCUUCGCUUUUCUCUUUAAUUAUUUCUUGUAGUUAUGACAGUUCGUAUUGUAUUUAAAAUAGCUUAAAAAAAUCCUUUUAAUAUUUUAGGCUAUAAAUGCAAGUUUUCCACGAUUAUAUGGAAUACACGCACUUCUUAGUCUUGUUGUACUUGAACAAGUUUCUCUUUUCUUUCUUACCUUUGGCAGGGAGAGAGUUCUUAAAUGUUGGAGUUCCCAUUUAAGCUGACGAUCUCUUUUGAUUAUAUUUUCUUAUAACAUGUUACCUCUUAUGUUAGCAGAGCACUUGCCAGUAUUUGCUCUACCGGACGAUAGUAUUGUUGAGAUACAGGGGGAGCCUGAAGGUCUGCAGAAGGCAGUUGAAUUAAUUGCUACACAUCUUAGGAAAUUUUUAGUUGAUCGAAGCGUUAUUGGAAUAUUUGAAACACAGAUGCAAAUGCCAAAUGCUCGAGGGAACCAGAACUCGCUUCCUGACCAAUCUUGGGGACCUCCUCCUCCAGCUUUUCCCAUGAAUCCUGGUGGACAUGGUUAUGGGCCCAAUCCUAUGCACAUGCCUCGUCCACAUCAAUAUGAUAAUUACUAUCCACCAGUUGACAUGCCUACUUUAGACAAGCAACCUCGUAUGGGUCCACCUACUUAUGGCAGAGAUGUAUCAAUGGGUGCUCAUAUAACAAAUGUGCAGCCACAACAAGCAGUGGUUGCAAAGGUCACACAGAACAUGCAAAUUCCUCUAUCAUAUGCUGAUGCUGUGAUUGGUGUGAAUGGUGCGAAUAUUAGCUAUAUUCGUCGUGCAAGUGGUGCAACAAUUGCAAUACAGGAAACUAGAGGCAUUCCUGGUGAGAUGACUGUUGAAAUUAAUGGCUCUGCAUCGCAAGUCCAAGCAGCUCAACAGUUGAUACAGAAUUCUCUUGCUGAUGCUGCAAGUGGUGGUGCCCAGAAUGCUGGUGGCGGACUGCCUGUCCAAGGUUAUAAUCCCUAUCCAUCUCAUGGACCUUAUUCAGAUGAUAGUACAUUUGGUAAACAUAAGUUUAUUGUAUUUCCUGUAUCUAAGUCUAAUAUCUUUUUAGUGAUUCCUGUCUUCUCUGCACCUAUGCCUAUCAUUCUUUUUGUAAAUUCAAUCUUACUUUCAAGAUUAUCUAUUUUUACUCCUUCCUUUUCUCCUAGAGUAUUCAUAUUAUCUAAUACUUCAGUUCUACCUGUUCCAUAUUUUAUCCUUCCUUUAAUAGUUUCUGCUCACUUUGAGUCACCUAAAUCGGAUAUCGAAAGAGAAAGUUAUGACCAAAAUACUGAAAGUUGUGCAGAGACAAAGUCAUGCGCCCACAAAGACAUGGGCAGCAACGAAAGUAGUAUCUCUCUUGCCUCUUCAUACACAAUAGUUUCAUCAAAUUCAUCAAGUACAAGGGACCAACUACUAUAUUUUGAGAGAGGAGAUCAAUACAUAGGAAAGGAUUGA